CUCUCUCCCUCUCUCCAUUACCAACCACACAUCUUCAAGAUCCAUUUCUUGACCUUGGCUCGAGCCUCACCUCACCUUCAUCCUUACCCGUUAAUUCAUACCUAACAUUCACAAUGGCUGGCGGCGACGUCAAGAAGGGUGCCAACCUGUUCAAGACCCGAUGUGCUCAGUGCCACACCGUUGAGAAGGACGGCGGCAACAAGAUCGGCCCUGCCCUGCACGGCCUCUUCGGCCGCAAGAGUGGUACCGUCGAGGGCUACGCCUACACCGACGCCAACAAGCAGAAGGGUGUCGAGUGGAACGACCAGACCCUCUUCGACUACCUCGAGAACCCCAAGAAGUACAUCCCCGGCACCAAGAUGGCUUUCGGUGGCCUGAAGAAGGCCAAGGACCGAAACGACCUCAUUGCCUACCUCAAGGACUCUUGUGCUUAAGCGACCAAAAGACAUCGCGUGUAAUGUUACGACUUUUUUGAUAGACGAGGGACCGCGCCAGGGGGCGAUUGUACUUAUAGACCAUGCAGCACUUAGAAAGACAACGGUGCUUGUACCUAUUCCCAUCUCCUCUUUAUGCGUUUUCUUCGUCCUCCCGAGACAGAGAAGAAGAAGAAAAGCCAGGCGUUGGUUAAGGGGGGCGGAAUAGAAUCUACGAUUUAAAAAAUGAAUCCGCCCUUUUCAUUAUCCAGAGCCUUGUGAUUUUUUGAUGAAGAAAAUUAAUUGAUUGACUGUAAUGUCUUGA